UGAGUCUAUCAUACAGUUUUUUGGUUUCGGGGCGCCGCAUCGUGUACAACUUAGAGGUCCCGCAAAAAAUCAUCAACAACACCCACCUCAACAAUGAAUCCACUUAGGAUAUGUUUAUGUUUAUUUUUAACCAUCGGAUGGGCCAUGAGUUUGCCCUCCGGAAUGGACACUCAAUCAGUGGGUCACAAUUCCGUUCAAGCCAAAGAAGAUCUUUUAGAUGAUAUUUACUCCGACUGUGUUAACAAGGGGUCCGUCUCAUGCAUUAAAUACAAAUUGUUCUCUUAUGUUGACAAAGCAUUGAGCAAAGAUGAAAUCAACUUAACCGAAGGAAUUACCGUUGUAAGGACAGCUGGUGCACCUGGCGAAGGCGCCCCAAGAUCUUUGGACAACGAAGAAAAACCAAAGGACAUCGAAACUCAAGUACUCAACCGUGUCCAACGUUUCUUGAACACACAUACAUUGAAAGUUGACUUGAAGGGAUCUGAUGUCGUCAAUUCCGUCGCCAAAACCGGCAGAGCUAUCUCUGAUGCUGUCAGCACUUUCGUCGCCGAAGAUGAUGUCACCACCGAAGAAGGCCGUGGCAAGAAGAAGAAGAAGGACAAGAUGUUGAUGCAUUUAUUCAUGAUGUUGAAAUUCAAAUUGAUGGCUCUCUUACCUUUCAUCCUCGGUAAAAUCGCUUUGAUCGCCGGAAAAGCCUUGUUGUUCGGAAAGAUCGCUCUAGUCUUGUCCCUUAUUGUUCUUCUACAAAAGUUGCUGAAUUCACAACACCACAAGACCGUUACCUACGAAGUAGUUCCACACGCUCACCAUGAAUCACAUGGACACGACUCAUACUCCAGCGGUGGCGGUGCUGACCUCUCAUCCGGUGGAUACGGCGGUAGCUCAUCCGGAAGUGGUUGGGGACGUAGCAUGGACUCUCAAAAAAUGGCCUACAGCGCACAAGUACCUCAGUAAAAACGUACAAAUUUGUAGACCACAAUUUAAAAAAUCACUCGCAUCGGUGCUCACCAAUAACGUCACAAAAAUCAAAGUUCAAACGAGCCAUCGACGACGAGUUUAUUGCAGACGCUCAGU